AUCAUGUGAAAGAAACACACACGAGUUACACAACACACACGGGUCGCUCAAUAGAGAAGUAUGAUGUUGCUGAUUUGAUUACCCGGUUUAUGAUCUUCACAACAUGGCUUUGCCCAGAGUGACGGAUGUGAUUGCUGACCUCCCGGUUGGUGUGAAGGCUGUGGGCGGGGCAGUGAUCACAGGGGCAGUGUUAGCAACCGUUUGGAGGGGUCUCAAGACACGUACAACAAAAAGGAAGGUAUACCCCCGAGACACCAUCGUUAUCCAUCAAAUGGGCCGUGGUCCGCACGUACCCAGUCUAACGCCUUUUGCGAUUAAAUUAGAGACGUAUUUCCGGAUGGAGGGUAUUCCCUACGAGGUAGAACAUAGCUGGUACAGACGAAGUAAGAAAACAGGGAAAAUUCCAUUUUUGGAGUACAAUGGAGAGGAGAUUCCAGAUAGCGAGUUUAUCCUGGAGUUUCUUAGUAAGGAGAAGAACUUGGACCUGAACAGAGGACUUACAGAAGAACAAAUCGGAGUCGGAAGGGCCUUACAGAAAAUGGCCGAGGAGAAUACGUACUGGUGUUUUGUGGUAGAUCGUUGGGUCCUUGACGAGUCCAGUGCAAUCUACAGGCAUUUUGACCUCAAUCGGAUUGUCAUCUAUUUACUGAAAAAAAGCCAACGGAAGAGAAUGUGGAAUCAUGGGAUAGGACGAUAUUCACCGGAUCAAAUACGUCACAUUAUGUCGGAAGAUCUCAAGGCUCUCUCCUCCUAUCUUGGACCGAAGAAGUUUUUGUUCGGUGACAAAGCGAGCAAAUUUGACUGCGCUAUCUUUGGAAUCCUCGCAGAGAUCAGAUGGGCAUCAUUUGGAGGAUUUGGAUCUUCCGUCAUCAAGGAGUAUCCUAACCUAUGUGACUACUGUGAGCGGAUGAAGGAAACGUUCUGGCCAGACUGGGACGAGGUUAUACAGAAAGAUUAUACCAGAUAGUCGAAAUAGCCUUACUGCCGCAAAACUGGCCGAAUAUCAUAUAAUACCUUAAUGUUUUGUUGAGAGUCUAUUUUUUUAGUUAAGAUCUUACUUUGUAUGCUGCAAUAAAGCGAGGUAGCAUAUGUAUACCAACUUCAUUACAAGCAAUCUGUAAAAUCAAACCAUCAGUCCUGUUACUCUGGACAAAUCGACAGGGACACUAUGUCAUCAAGAUAUGAUAUCGAUUGUAUUUCCUGAUGUUAUGUGUUCUUUAUGUAUUGUAAAAUGAGUUGUUUAUUAGUGAUACAUUUCUGACAUUGAUAAUAAAAUAAGAGGGAUAUGAUUGGUAAAAGCAUUGGCUGGCUUUAUGUAGAAUGAAACAAGAAAUACCUCAUUAUACGUAUAUUUGUACGGGUACUAUAUCGUAUUACACAGUUCGUACUGAUUAAAUCAUGUUAAGAUAUAAUGUAUGCUUGCAUAAUGGAAAUCAUACCUCAAAGUGCUGUUAAUAAUUUCGAAGUCAUUAUAUUUUUUGUUAAAUUAACAUCAGGAAACGAUCUCUAAACUACGUGUACCUGAGUACUCUUUCAGUUUGUUAUUAUAACACUCACUUUAUUAUAUCCGAUGUUUAAGUGAAUUUGUUUUGCAUAUUUAGGUAUAGAAGUCAGUACUUUAAAACAUGUCAAGCGAAACAAGGAAACUAUUUAUGAUUUAUGAUUUUGCUAUAAAUCUACGAAACAGUUUUAAAAAUUAUCGUUAAUUGUUUGGGGUUAAACAAAAUCAAGCUAAUGACCCAUUUGAUGCCAUUUUGUAUGUUAGUAUCACAUGUUUCACCAAAUGAAUACAGAUUUGCGUUUAAA